CAGCUUUACAGAAGCAUUGCUAAUCUUAUUAAGAGCGGCCAUGACAGAUGCACUGAUUCAGUCUUAUGCUAGCUGCGAGAGCGCUGGCCAUUCAUGUUGUUGGACUACUGCUGCCGGUGCUGUGGGACCACGCUGAUCAGACGCCAUGGACAACCCCUGCCCAUCCACAGCAAGCUCCACGACACCUGGGCUGUUCUUCAGAACCUGUUGAUGUGUAUGCUGUGCUUCUACUCGCUCUACUAUAUCGUGGUCAGUCUCUGCAUCGGCAUCCUCAGGGUGGAGGAGGUGGACAGCUUGUUAGCACCCUUUGACUACACCACUCAACCAUCAUGGCAAAGCCCCAAAUAUUUAGUGAGUGUGAUCUCCACAGAGGUGACCUAUGUUCUGGGCGGUCUGAUAUUCGCGUGGAUCGUGGAGGAGUGUGUGUGGGACUACGCCAUCACUGUCACACUGCUGCACGUCGCUCUGACCGUAGCAGUUAUGGCUGAUAUUCCCUCGACAGAGCAUUGGUGGAUUGCUCUCGGCUCAGGGUUGGUGAUGAUGAUCUUUGGCGGACAGCUCCUGGCUUACACACUCUUCAGAAGUAAUUUUGUGCAUCCUGAAGAUCUGCAGAACUUCUGACACGCUGUGGAACAUCUACAUGGAUGAAUGUUCUCUGUUUUUUAUUUCUUUUUUACACCAUAAGUAGUGUGUAAAGGUUUUGUUAUUCCUAAACAGUAUUUUGUCUGCUCGUGCUGAUGAAGUAAUUCCAGUAAAUCAGUUUAUUUUGGUGGCCUUUUGUGACAUCAUAUGGUGAAAUCUCACAAUAGUCCAGUGGAUUUUCACUCGAAUGCAAUAAUGAUUGUCUGUGAUUACAUGCAAGUUUACAUUUGCUUCACUGCUCCACUUCAUGAUUUUGGCCAUGAUUUGGCCGAAUAUUAAAAGA